ACUUUUUGGAACUCUUCUAUUCUGGAGAUGAAUUUUCCGACAAGGUCAUCACGCAUGCGCACUUCAUAAACGUAUUGGAAGCGUUUGGCGGCGAAUAGGAAAGUUUAGAGACAAUCGGUGUAAUCGAACUGUAUCAAGAUGUCGGCACUAAUGCAGAAACCGAAGAGUGAAAUGACACCAGAAGAGCUGUCUGCAAGAGAACAGGAAGAAUUCAAUACAGGACCUCUGUCAGUUCUGACACAGUCGGUAAAAAACAACACACAAGUCCUCAUCAAUUGUCGGAACAACAAGAAACUGCUUGCCAGGGUUAAAGCAUUUGACAGGCAUUGCAACAUGGUCUUGGAAAAUGUAAAGGAGAUGUGGACAGAGGUUCCCAAAACAGGCAAAGGGAAGAAGAAGUCAAAGCCAGUGAAUAAAGACAGAUACAUUUCAAAGAUGUUCUUAAGAGGAGAUUCUGUUAUUCUUGUGCUCAGAAAUCCUUUGGCAUCAGGAAAGUGAACAUUCAUGGAACUACCUUUUAUCAAUCCUUGGGGAAGUGUUCAAGUGAGGACUUAACAGAAAUACAACUGAAGAUAUUGCAAGGGCUUUGUAUGUCUGUUUUGCACAUGUUGUAAGCUUGUUUUGUUUCUGUGGAAUCAAGUUUGCCUAAUUAAUCAAUGUUUCAGUUUUAUCUUAUUUCAUCACAGCUGUAACAGUCAGGUAUGUGUUUUGAUAAAAGAUCAACAUACUAACAUAUUAAAGAAAUGAGGCACAUCAAAUGCAUUCAUACCUUUUUUGAUAAGUACUUCAAUUGAGAAUAUCAUCAGCAUAUAUUUUCAGAUUCCACAUUAUUCACGUCAUUGUCAGUAUUUAGUCUCUUUUGAUGUAACAUUUUGUUUUUGUAAAUAAAACAUCAUACAUUAAA